GGACAAACUAACCUUUUUGUCUAUGCAAAAAAAAACAAAUAGUUCCAAUGGAUUUGAAAAAUUUCGAACUUUUCAAACAAGGUGCUGAAGCUAAAAUCUACAAAGGAUUUUAUUUAGGAAAGCCAACUCUAGCCAAAGAAAGGUUCUCGAAAAGUUAUCGACAUGCUGAAUUGGAUAAUUUAAUUACGAAAGAAAGAAUGAAAGCUGAAAGUCGUGCCAUAGUUCGUUGUAAGAGUGCUGAGUAUUUUGAGAACCACAUUUGCCUUAAAGAAUACAUAGAACAACAUCCUGAUGAGGAAUCGCUGAAGGACUUAUCUCGAAAAAUAGGAAAUUUAAUUGGCAAAAUGCAUUCGAAUAAUAUCAUCCACGGAGACUUGACCUCAUCGAAUAUGCUCUUAAUAAAAAAGAAUAGUGAAAAAGAAUUCGUAAUAGAUAAUAUAGAAUUAGUAUUAAUUGAUUUUGGAUUGGCACAUAUCGAGUCUAGUCCUGAAGAUAAGGGGGUUGACCUUUAUGUAUUAGAGAGAGCUCUUAUUAGUACUCAUAGUGUAGCUACGAAAAUGUUCAUCAAUAUUCUUGAAGGUUAUAAGGAAGAGAAUAAAAGUAGCUUUAAAGAAAUAUAUUCUAAAUAUGAAGAUGUUAGAGCCAGAGGAAGAAAACGCACUAUGAUAGGGUGAAAAUUUUGAUUUUCUUUACUUAAGGUGUGUAGUGUUGUAGAAGGAAUUAUAAUGUUAUAUUUCCCUAUAUGACAUAUUUAGGGUUAAGCCUUUAAAGUGAUAAUUAUAUCAUACUGACAGUCUA